UAUUUAAAUUAAUUUGUUUUGUUAACUUUCUUGCUGACUAUUUAGGUGUGUAAAAUUAUUAUAAAAUAGUAAACUAUAAAUACGUAUAAGAAUGAUACUGUGUCCUAAGAUUCAUGAAUUUUUAUGGAAUAAUGAAUUUCCUCAGUACUUUAAGAUUUUAACCAAGUGGACUUAAAGGUAAGUGAAAUCCUAUGCAAUGCAUUCAGAUGAAGUGUCAUAUUUAAAUGUUAUAUGGUCUAAAUAUUUUAAGACAAUUGAAUGGUUCUGAAUGUUAAAUUUCUCUCCAUAGAGAUUGUCAAUAUUAUAUUCUUAAUAUGGAGUAAAGAAUGCAAUUAAGAUACCAUCACUUUAACAGCAGAUGGGGUUAAAAUAUCCACUUGGCUAGCAAGCAUUAUGCUUUUGAUCAUCAAGGGUACAUGCUAUGUUUUUGAAUUCCUUAAUUAAACAUCUCUGUUCUAAAUAAUUUUUGUAUAAUUUUGUCAAUAAAUAGUAGUCCCCAGUUUAACUAACAGUAAUUAACAGUAUAUUUCAUUAUGUAAGCAUUACAAAAUCUGUAAUCCCACCAACCAACAUUAACAUCUAAAUGAAAUGUUUAUUUCACAGAAAACAAUUUCAAACAUUUUGUUUAUAUUUUUUACAGAGUAAAUUUAAUGACCCUUUCAUCAAUAUAAUUUUAGGCAUAUUUCAAUUGAAUUUUUUGAGGCUUUUUCAAUUUUAUCCAUCAAAUCAGCCUUGAUUUCAAUGAAUGACAUUUUAAAAUAUUGGUGAAAAAAUCAAAUCCCUCUUUUCCCCAAUGCUGAGGGACAAAACCAAUAAUGUCAAAACUCUAAUUGUACUUUUUCUUCCCUCCCAAAAAAUGCACAUUGAAAUUUAAACAAAUAUAUGACUGAUCGUUGACCAUGCCUUUUGUGUUAAUCUAUUUUAGUGAAAGAAAGAAAUCAAAGUAGAAAGGUCAUGUCGUUAUCUCAACUGACCUGUCAGGUAAAAAGACAGCUUGACCCACAGCUGUUCCAGGGUUAGCCCACUUUUUUUGUUUAUUGUGUGCAUCUUUGUCCUGAGCUGGCUUUAAGGCACCAUUUGUAAACACGACAGUUGCAUCUUUCUGCAACAAUUAUAAGGGAUGUCAUCUAGUAUCAUUGGGUGUUAUGGCAUAGCAAUAUCUGUAUCAUUAGUUUUGUUUAAGUAUUAAUAUUUGAAUGCUAAAUGAAUCAAUCACUUUUCACUGAGUACAAAUAUGUAAGCUAGAAAUUUAAAAAAAAAAUCUUAUAAUUACAAAGCUAAGGGGAGAAACAAUGUCAUAUCUUCAAGCCUUGCCGAAGAGGGAGGAUCAUAAAAAAACUUUAAAAUAAGUUUUUUUUAUAGUUUGCAUGUAAAAAAAUUAAAAUAAUGUUUAUCCCCUCUUUGGUUACAUCACUUCAUCAUUGGAAGGACAAUCUCUUGUAUGUUAUUAAUUAGAUUUCAACUCACCUCUUCACUGAUGGGGACAGAAAUAGAAGCACUAUAAGUGAACUGUGGCCCAGUGGUGGCCCAUGACUCAGGGGGAGAUAAGAGUCCACCAACUGAUAUGGUUAAAAUGUUACUUCCUUGGAGUUGGGCUUCAUCUAACAAUGGCUGGUUGACAGAUAUUUUAAUGUCUACCUCAGGCUGGAAAAUUAAAUAAAGAACUCUUCAAAUUGAAAAAAAAACAACACAUCUUAUUGUUUAAUAAAUGAUACCAACUCCAAGAAAAUUAAUUAGAAACAAAAUUUCAGGAAGCCAGCAAAAUUGUUUACCAAAUGUGAGAUGAAGGAAAGUGAAAUCUUUAAAAAAAGAGAAUAAGAUAAUCAAUUUUAGUUUGAUUUUAAUAGACUAGCUUUCCCCCAUAUCACUGAAUUUAAAACAACAUAUAAAAUAAUGAAUUUAUUUAAUUCAAAUGGAAAUGAGCCUUCUAAUAAAUUUCGACCAACUCACCUUAGUAAUGUCUGGUGGGAGAUUGUCCAAAGGAGAUCCAGGAACAGGAAGAAUUUGCAGAGUUUGUUUCAAUUUUGUGCAUCCUAACAAAAUAAAACAGUUGCUUUUAAAUACUAUAUUUCAAGAAAAAAUUAUAAUGUAAAUAAAAGAUAACAUUUAUUUUUUGUAAAUCUGUUAACAAAAUUUAAAUUUAUAUUACAAAUUGGUUUUAAAUUAAUUAUAACACAUAUUUCACGUUGUCAUUUGGGAUGUAUUGAUUGAUUUUUCUGAGGAUUAAUUGUAAUGAAAACUUUUGUCAAUACUAAAAAAUAUGAAAACAUGAAUUAGGCAUUGCUGAUUCCCCAUUCUUUCAUAGAUUGUGGAAAUCUUUCCCCUAUUUACUUCUAUACAUCCCCUUUACUCUCCAUUAGUACACUGAAGUCUAUUGGGAGCAACCCUUACACUCAACUAACAGAAAGUAUGAAAACUUCAAGCACAUUUCUAAUAGUCAACUCUUUAUCUCCUUAUAUUAAGAAAUCAAAAGACUAAAAAAGUAAACCAAGUUUUCAAAUGUUUGAAGUUAUAAAUUUUAUGAAACAUACUUUUCGAAACUUCCUAAAAUAAUGAAAAAUUAGCCUUUUCAUUGAACAAAUCAAGAGUUCUUGCCUUUUACAAGGGGAGACAAAUCUAAGCAGCACUGUCCAAGUGUUAUAGUUCUUUCUUCCUUUUGUCGCUUUUCCUUUGGCAAAACUUCAAUAACUGUCACUGAAGACAAUGCAUUGCAACUUUAAGAAAAAUUGUCAUUAUUGUGAAAAAAAUCAGAAUGAUGGUUAAAAGAAUUAUUAUUAUUGAUCUGGGAAAGGGUUAGUUUAUAUUUAGAGGGGUUAUUAGACAUUAGUAUGAAACCAAAUUGUUUUAAACCAAUAUGUAUGAAACAAAUAAGUUCAAAUGGAAGUUUUCUCUACAGAGAUUUAAUAAAAUGUUUUUAAAAAAUGUGAGAGAUCGGGAAAAUGUAAAUCGUUAAUACAUUUUUUUUUCAGGGUCGCAAUGUAUGGUAGUGCAUCGAAUAGCAAGUUAUAGUGGUGCACAGCUUGGCCAGGUAUGGUAGUAGACAGGGUGGCAAGGUAUGUUAGUGCACAGAGUGGUAAGGUAUAGUAAUGGACAGGGUGGCAAGGUAUGGUACUGGACAGGGUGGCAAGUAUGGUGGUGCACAGAGUGUUAAUAUUUCUAAAGAUGAAGCAAGUAUGGUGGUACACAGAGUGUUAAUAUUUCUAAAGAUGAAGCGACUGUGUCACACUUAUUAACUAGUUUUCUGUUAAAACAUUUUAAAAUCCACUAUUGGCAUAGAGCCAUGUUUAUUGAACACUAGUAAAAACGUUUUUUUCAUUCAUAAUUACUUAUUGGGCUAAGCUAAUUGCCUCAUUCAGUCAGAAUAUAGAAUACCUUAUUUUUUUUAUAAGUUAACAUGUGCAGUACUCACAGACAACUGGCCUGUUAGUUAUCUCAUCAAGACAGGACGGAUCAUCAUAGAUGAUAUUAAGGAAUGUGUUAAAAUUACUUUCAGCAGAGACAUCAGGUGUGCACUCAAUCUUUGGGCUUUCCCCAAGCAAACGUUCACCGAGUUCAAACUUUAUAAAGACAGUGGCUCCCUCACUUCUUGAACCUCUCUAUAAAAUGUACAAAAUAUAUAUAUAUAUAUAUAUAUUAUAUAUAUAUAUAUAUAUCACAACAUCUUCAUACUAUUUAUAAUUAUAUGUUGUGCUAUAAAGUAAAAAAAAUAAACAUAAAUAAUAACUAUUUACAAAAUCAGAAUAUAUUCACUAAAUAUUAAAAUCUUUACAUUGCAAUAUAUAUUUUACUAAAUUAAAUUCUUAAAAUAAAAAAAUCUUAAAACUCUAAUAUUUUUAUCAUUUUAUUGCCAAGUUUGGAGGUAUAACUCAUAGACUUUGAAUUGAUAACAUUAAACCCACAGAAGCACAAAAAAAAAAUUAAAAUGUUUAAAAAAAUCUGCUAAAGGAGUUAAGGUAAUGUAAACACUUUUUACCAUAUGUUUGACUCUUUCCAAAGUAAUACAUACUGGCUCUGGACCACGAAAGUGUGAACUCUCAGCCUCAGUCAUUGCUAUGAGAAGGCAUUAGCGAGGAACAUGUAAAAGAUUAAUAACUAUUUUUUUUUAAACAUGCAUUUUAAAACCUAUAUCUAUCUUAUUUAAACAUACAGUAUUGAGUAUUAAUGUGAUAAAACUGAUCUAUCAAAUAUUUAGAUAGCUGUCAAGGAUUAAUGUCAUGUGACUUACAGACAUGCAACUGGUUAGAUCAGGAUGAUGGUGGAAUAUAUAAGUGAACACUUUGAAUUUGAAUUUAUAUAUUAUAUUAUAAUUUAAUGAUGCAAAUCUAAUGUAAAGUAUUGUAAAGUACACCCUCUUUAUUCUGAUAGUACUCUAUUAUAUCUAUAUUUAUUAUUUAUCUAUGCUAAACUACAACUGCUAGACUAGAAUGGAUCCCACAAACUUAUGUCGUAACUCUUGACAGAACAUACUCUGCCAAAAGAUGCACCUGGUUGAAAUAUGUCUUAUCACAAGUACUAUGGACUAUGGAAACCUUUAAGUAACUUAAUAUGACAUGAUCAUGAAGAAAAUAACAAACACUCUCUCAGUCUCUCUCUCUAUUAUGAAAUGAAACUUUUAACACAAAUUAAAACCCAUUGACUCAAAUCAAAACUAAACAUAACUAUUAACAAUUAGUAAAAAGUUAGAGAUUGACUGCACUGACUGUAGAAGUAAUAGUACUGUCAUUAAUAGUAACGUGGCUGUAACUGUAGAAGGUAGACUGACAGUUGUGAUGGUGGGCCAUGAAAAUUUAACGAUUUUUAAACAUGACAUAAAUUGACAUAAUUAUUUAUAUAUGAGCCCUACUAGAAUUCUAGUUAUUAUUUAUAGCUAAAUGAAUAACAAGCAUGGAAAUAAAAACAUAUGGCUUACCUACCAAUUAUGGAUAAAUGAUAUUUUGUAGUAUCUCUCUAAUUGAAAAAAAGCAAUCGUUUCCGAUUAGAAUGAACACACUGCACAGAGCAGUACUAAAGAGGUCACCUAGCAACACCCCAAGCCUUACAAAAUGUUAUUUCAAGUGCUGAAGAUUCAGAAAAAUCUUGUGGAGCUCUCCCGUUUUCUUUGCUUCUUUGCAGAGCAGUGACUUUAUUAAAAGUUUUAGGCAAAAUAUUUUUAAGAAUGAAGAAUUAAAUACCCUAAAUGAAAUAACGCCCUGGUAAGUAGGGCUAACUUAAUUAAAUAUAUAUCACCCACUUUCUAUUUAUUGUAGUUAUAAGGAAUUUCUAAUUCCUGCCUUUCUAAUUCAGGACAAGGAUCAUUCUGACCAGCUGAUGAUUCAGUUUCGGUUGUCAGUACUGUCUGUUGAGUUUGCAAAACUGAAAAUGAGUUGAGUUUGCAAGACUGAAAAUGAGUUUACUUUAAUUUUUAGAAAAAUAAACAAAUUUAAAAAUACCGAUUUGGCGCACACUGUUUAAAAUCACAAAUAAUUAAGAGUGGGAAACAGUGAAUUUUGACCGCAAGUUGGCUAGCUGUAAACUGUAACUGUAAAGUUAAAGACAAAGAUGAAUAAUGAAUAUUCAGAAUAACACAGCCUAUAUAUAGCCUCUAGGCUAUAGGAAAUUUAUUUUAUAGUCGGUUAAUUAUUAUAGUGGCAGUUGUCGAAGUGUUUGAAUUUGGUAGAUUGUUUACUCUAACUCAACUGACUCACUGAGCCUACUCAUAAAUCCUGGUGGAUGUUCCAACUCUAACUCAAUUGACUCAUUGAGCCUACUCAUAAAUUCUGGUGGAUGUUCCAACUCUAACUCAACUGACUCACUAAGCCUACUCAUAAGUUCUGGUGGCUGCUCCAACUCUAACUCAGCUGACUCACUGAGUCUACUCAUAAAUCCUGGUGGCUGUUCUACCUCUUACUCAACUAACUCACUGAGUCUACUCAUAAAUCCUGGUGGCUGCUCCGCAUUGAAUGAUUGUUGAUGGCGAAAAGCAUUAAUGGAAAUUAGUAUUAGGGGCCAUUCAUAAAUGGUGUCACGCAAAUGUUGUGAUUUUUAACCCCCCCAAUCUCGUCACAAAGUUAGAACCCCGCUAAAAUAUAAUGUCACUGAUUUCUGCACCCGCCAUAAAAAUUCCCUGUGUCCUCUACUUUUCUUUAAAAACCCUCAAGGAAUUCACCUCCCAUAGAUAUCAAAUUACUGCACCUGUGUCAGAAACAUUUCACUAGAACAGUGUUUCUUAAUGAGGGAUAAAAGUACCUCCUCAGACAUGAUGUGCAGAAGACCAGAAAAUUGUAUUUUCUGCCAUUGCUAGUUGUUGCUGCUUUUUUUAAAGAAAACAGAUUUUAUGCAUUUUGAUUAGCAGAAGUAAAUGUUUUUCUGGUGAAUUUUGUGUGCGCAUUACUUGUUUUGGUCAUUUUUUUCCUUAUUUAUAAAAAGUUAAGUAAAGAAAUAAAACUAUGAUAACUAAAUUAUUUAAUUAUUUUCAUAUUUUAAAUUUUAUUACAAUAUAAUUUAUAUGGUUGGAGGGGGUGGCAGCUAUCCAGAGAGCUGUAAGGGGCAACCCCCCAGAUGGUUGUGCGCAGGCCAUGUAAAAAAAAAACAAUGUUAUGAAAGCCAAUCAACAGAAACAUGGAGAAUACGAUCCAACCAUGAAUUAUACAGACUAUAUCAGGAUCCUACGAUAGUAGCAGAAAUAAAAAGAGGCAGGCUACGCUGGGCAGGACACCUAGAGAGAAUGCCAAAUGACAGAGGAACAAAGAGGGUGCAUCACCAAUACCCCAGAGGAAAAAGGCUCAAAGGCAGACCUAGUCUUAGGUGGAUAGAUGAUGUGGAAAAAGAUCUACAGCAGCUAAAAGUCCAAGCAUGGAAAAGAAAGGCAUUAUUUAGGUCUGAGUGGAAGGAAGUGGUGAGGCAGGCCAAAGCCCUACAUGGGCUGUAGCGCCACAGGGAUGGAUGGAUGGAUGGAAGGGGUGGUGUUUAAAACAGAGUGGGCCUGCAGUACUGCAAAAAGGUUAAGAAUCCCUGCCCUAGAGCAUUUACUAAGAUACAGGCCCCUUCCCCGGGUCAACCAAUUUUUUUUGUUCCCUCUCACUUCAUGUGGUAGUCCUAAUUCUAUGACUGCCGUCUCCACAUUUUAACAUCAAUUCUCACGACUGUCAAUAUCACUACACCCAUUUUCUCCCCGUCUGUGGCGGCCUGUAACUUGAUCAGAGGCCAUUUUUUUGGACCUUGAACUUGAAUACCUGUACUGGUUCUCUCAGUGAUUGUAGUUUGAAAAUAAAAUAAUUAUAAUUGCUGUAUCAAAGAAUAAUGUUAAAAAUAGCUGUAAUUUAAGGUUAUUAAGUGCAAUUCUUUAUUAUAAUAUUCCACUUUUCAUGUGAGGUCACAUUGCAUAAGCCCCCCCCCCCCUUCUUCUCAUCACACAUGAUCACAAAAAUUUGACACCCCCCCCCUCCCUCCCUUAGAUGCGUGACGUCAUUUAUGGAUGGCCCCUUAAACCAAUUUGUAAGAAAGAAUGUUUGAAAAAAUACAGCUAAUUUGAAUUAAAUGAUUAAAUAGGAAGGCCUAUAUCAUAUAUCUUAUAUCUAAUUGUGUCGAUUCAGGAUAACCAGAAAAACUAAGAAUGUGUCUCAGCUUGCUGCAAGACUCUGUCUGUUGCGUAAAUCAAUUAACAGUUUUCUGUUUGGUCCCUCAUUCAAGGUCAAUGUUGUAUCAUUGACUUUUAAGGUCAUAAUUAAGAGUUGUCUAAACUGAAAAAAACACUAAUAUUAAGCAUUAAUUACUAAGUAUUAUUAUGUUUUCUACCCAGUAUUUCCUAUUAGAAAUUGUUUUUAUCUUCAAAACGUCUCAUUAAAAAUAAAUAUUGAUUACACCUUCAGUUUCAUGACAUCCCAAAAAUAAUAAGUCAAAAUGACGCUUAAUUAAAAUAUUUUAUAGUUAAAUUUAAUAUAUUAUAGAUCUUUUUCCUAUCUUGCUAUGUAUUUUUUAAGGCUUUGCCCUACCUUAUACUUAACCUAUUUUCUGAUUUUGCUCCAUUUGGCCAAACAAAAUUUGACAAAUAUUGAUGCUAGUCUUACAUUCCUUGCUCAAACAGCCCUUGGCAUACCUGUUGAACUUCAACAAAAUAAAAUUUUUGAGCUUGGCAUUACUUUUCAUUAUAUAAUGUAAAGAUUUAGUGUUUUUCAUUAUCAUCUUGACCUUUUGUACACCUCAUCCAGGAAAUGAAGGCAAUAAUUCAGAGAGUAAUUAAAGCAAGUGUCACAGGUACAGUUGUUUAAUGACUUGAUCACAUUGUUACUUAUCACAGCUGUUGUGAUGUUGAUUUCUAGUCUAUCACAGCUGCUGUUAUGUUAAUUUCUAGACCAUCAUAGCUGUAAUGUCAAUUUCUAGUCUGCCAUACUUGUUUAAUUAAUUUCUACUAUUAUAGCUGUUUUAAUUUGUACACCAUCAUAGCUGUUAUGUAAGUUAUGUUUACUUAUAUCUAUCACAGCUGUUAUUUUGAUUUUUUUUGUCUGGUACAGUUGCUCUUAUUAUUAUUUUUUUUAGUACAGCUGUUGUGUUAGUUUCUUGUUUGUUAUUGUUAUUGGUAUCGGUACUUAUUCUGUUUGUUUUUUUACAUUUUCUGGUACAGCUGUUAUGAUUGCUUUGUAAUUUGUUAAGAUUUGUGUAUUUUUAUUUCUCAUUUUGUGUUGAUCCUAAUUCAAAGAUCCUAAAACUAAGUGUUUUUUUAAACAAACAAAACAUUAUUUAAUUAUUACACAUAAAAACUGUAAUUUACAAAAUUUACUUAGGUUUUGAAAAAUAAUCUACUGUAUAUACUCAAGUAUAGGUCACAACAGUAUAAAGGUCGCACCCUUAGCUCGGGGUGUUACAUGACCCUUUUUAAUUUAUAUAAUACCUAAAAUUUGUCCGACAGAUAUACUGGCAACAAAAAUGUUUCUAUAACAACUUGAAAAUUAAUCAUCAUAAGCUAAGUGAUUUUUAUUAAACAUUUUUUUAGCAUAAUCGAGAGCAAGGUAGAAAAUGAUUUAAAUUUUUUACAAAUGACUACUCCACACUGAAUAACGGUAAGCAAAAUUGAUGUCACAUUCAUGUUUUAAAAAAUUUUUGGUAAAAAAAGUGAGACUUAUAUGAGAUUAUACGUGGUAGGUUGUAACAAUUUGAGUAUUUUUACACAAUUUAUACCUGAAUAUUUUAAAAUAACUUCUAGUUGAUAAUGAAACGGUUGGAUCUAUCGGACGUGGAUUAUGUGUUUUGGUUGGAAUCUCCCAUCAUGACACAGAAAAAGAAAUGGAAUAUAUGUGAGUUUUAAGGAAAGAAUUAGUUGGAAAUCUGACUAAAGUGUGAAUAGGUUUAUUAAAUGACAGUGCCCCUUCAUUUGAAACUCUUUGGCAAAUAUCUUUUCAAAAUGUUACUCAUCAUUCUUAAAGCCCUGGCUUAUUCAUGGCAUCUAGUACUAGUACUAGUAUCAUUAAAAAAAUAUAUUAUCCUAUUUCAUUUAUUGAAACAUUUUUAUUUAAUGCUUUUUUUGUAGAGUGAGGAAAAUUUUGAAUAUCAGAUUAUUUAGUGAUGAGUCUGACAAAAGAUGGAUGAAAAGUGUCAUGGAUAUGGGAUAUGAAGUUCUCUGCAUCAGUCAGGUAAACCUAGUUUCAAAUUCACCUUUUAUGAUUGAAAUAUACAUUUGACUUUUUUGAUAGAACUAUGGUAUGUAUGUGACUUAGCAAAAAGAUUUUAAUUAAAUUUGUAAGUGUGCAAAGCUCACAGUUACAUGAUGAUUAAUGAAAACUAUCAUUAUUUGAAAAUAGAGGCCAUAAUUUAAAGUUUAAAAAAUAUUCAAGAUAUUGCUUAAUUUGAAAUAGAUUUUUAAACAAGUUUAUUGCAUUUACAUACUUGUUAUUGUGACGUGACGUACGUUGUCUAGAGGUCGGUCCCCUGCGUACUAGCCACAGAACAAUUUUUCAAGGGUCUAGAACCCCUUUAUUUCCAGCUCCUACAGAGCUGACUCUUGCUCCAAGUAUCAACAAACAAUUCAGGCAUUCAGGUUUUCUUAUUCAUUGGCUAUGUGUGUCUAACAAUGGAAAACUUUAUUAGAAAUAAGCUCUGGUGUUCAGAAUAAAAAAACUCCACAUACUAUACAAAGCAGUUAAAGUUACACUUACACAAGUCCUUUUCCAUCCGUAGGAAAACUCACUGCCUUCACAAGACAAAAAUCAUACACCAUAUCCACAGCACUCGCCACUGUUCACUCCUUAAAAACUCAUCUCACACACGUGGUUCCUCCCGACACAGCACACCGGUCAUACCUUGACCGAGAAAAAUAAAAACUCGUGGGGCACACGGGGAAAAGAAACUCACCCAAAUUAACAUUAUAAAAGUUGACACAGAAAAACUCACGCGAUCUGACCGUGACAGUUAUAUUUAAGUACCGGUAUAUUUUAAUUGUUAGAGCAUACUAAAAUAUUCAAAUAAAUACAUGCUUCCUUUCCAUCCUUGUUAUUGUGGAGAAUAAAUCACAAAUGUCUUGGUCAAUCAAAUCCAUGCUAUUCAUGAAAACUGAAAGCUAUACAAGGGGAUGCUUAUAUACGACAUCUGUAACACAGCCAACAGUUUUAAACCUCAAUAAAAUAACUUUGUGCACAACCCAGGAUCUGUCUGAAGUCUAAUGUUUUUAAUUUCUAUGUACUGUAGGUUAAAUUUUAACAAGGUUAAAUGACCCUAACUUAUUUAUCAUGCAGUUUACACUGGAGGCCAGAUUAAAGGGAAAUAAGCCAGACUUCAGUGAUGCAAUGGCCCCUGGAGCUGCACAGCUAUUUUACAAUCAGUUUUUGGAGGCAUUGAAGACUCAAUACAAACCAGACAAAAUUCAAGGUGGUCAAUUCAUUUUCGUACAGUGAUGAGAUGCUCUAAAUCAACCGAUUUAAAACAUUGAUUUAAAUAAUAUUUGAUUAUAUAAUCUACCGGUAUUAAUUUUUUAAAGCACUUGCUAACAAAAUAACUUCUGUUGGAUUUUAUGUAUUAUUAGUCACAUAAUAUAUUAUUUCUAAAUAAUAAUUAUGCUUGCACAAGCUUAUAAUAAUAAAUUUCAUCUUUAUUCAAUAUUACUUUUUAGAAAUUAGAAAUUGAUUUGGGGUUGAGAAAGCUGGAAAACUAGUUUUUCUAUUCAAAUUAUUUCAUCAGCAUGCUUUGUUGGAAUCAAAUGACAUUAAAAAUUACAAUAUUAUGACAAGUGGGCCCCCACCAAGAAACUUUUACAAAACCUUUCACAAUACAAGAAUUGCGAACCGCACUCGGAAAGUGCAAAAUGGCAAAAGCACCCUGACAAGGUUCAUAAUGAAAUGUUACCCCACCUAGGAAAGCAUUCAAGAGAAAUAUUGCUAGCUCUCAUUAACAGGACCUAAAACAUAGGUAACAUGCCGAAAGCAUGAAAAAAUGCCAUUGUUAUCCCCAUUCCCAAAGAAAGUAAACCAGGGCAUCUAUCAGCCAGCCAUGGUCCAAUUUCCCUCACAUCUACACUGUAGUUUUUAGUGGGACUAAUCUUCACUAGUUUUAAAUGGGACUCAUCUACACUGUGGUUUUUAAUGGUACCGAUAGUCUCAUGUUUUCUUUCUACAAAACAGAUGGCAAAUUUGCAGCAUACAUGCAAGUCCAUAUCCAAAAUGAUGGCCCCGUUACUAUUCCGCUUGAAAUCAAGCCAAAGAGAGAGGAUGGUGACAAGGUGGAUUGAUAGUUUUCAUAGAUUGAUACUUUUACUAUUAUUUAGUAAUGGCAUAAAUGUUGCAAAAGAUUGAUAGCAUUCAAAGACUGAAAUGUUCACUAUUGUUUUACUCAUUUGCUAACUGAAUGUACAAAAUCUUGUUUCAGGGAAACAAAAAGAAAGAAGCAUCUUCCCCUAACGCCAAGCCUGGAGCAACAAAUAAAGAAUCUUGACAGUACAGAGAUUUAGUUUUAUGUUCUAGUCCUUGUCAAGAAAUUUAUUUAUUAAAUGCAAUGCAGAGUUAACUGAGUUAUUUUGGUGUAGCAGAGCUUUAAAGACUGGCCAUCAGAAUAGCUGUGAUGUAGCAAAAGUUUACACUCGGGCCAUCAGAAUAGCUGUGAUGUUCUGGUAGCUAAUGUUUACGCUAUGGCCAACAGAAUAGCUGUGUUGAUACCAGUAGCUAAUGUUUACACUCUGGUCAUCAGAAAAGCU